AUUCAAUUUUGACAGCUGACCCCAUCCAUCAAAAGCUUUCAAGCUUGUGCAAAAAUAUUUUUAAUUUUUCGUAAUCUGUAAUAUCUCCUUUUAAGUUAUGCUAAGUGCAUAACACACAGGAGUGAGCGAGUGUUGUUUGUGUGUGGUGUGAAAUGGUUUCAUGUUGCAAUUAGUUGGGUCAUUACAAUAGCAAUAUGGGGUCCAUGCGACCGACAGGAAGGUUCCUAUCGUUUGCGAACAACAUCCAACGUACACAGAAACAAGCUGUGCCAAGUGGAUUUCCACAAAGUUUAUCAGGUAGUGAGACAGAUGUAUCAACAUCAAAUGAGAAUUUAUCUCGAGAGGAGCGCUAUGUUGUGCGACAUACAGCCAGGGUAGAGCCUCAAGGACAGGAGAACCAAACUCAACAAAAUAACAAUAACAGGAAUUCCCUUAAGGACAAUGUGACAGGUAGUAACCGUAACUCGCUCAAGGAUUCAGUGGGUGGUGGCAACAGCAAUAGGAGUUCACUUGAUGUGUCCUCCUCCUCAUACAAUACUCUCAUCAUACACAACCAGGAUGACUCUUGGCCACCAAGGCACACUCCUAUUAGGGAACACGAGAGAACAAGCAGUGAAGUAAAACAUCCCACUACUCAGUCAUCUCCGUACCACACCUUAAAGAAGAAUGAAGGUGUAAAGAAACCUAGUGGUAUACCUGUACCCAAGCUGCAUAAAGAACAAAAUGUCACUACCACAGCUAACUACAUUGAUAUUGGAGGCCAGAGGAUUUAUACUAGCCCACCUGACCAUGGUGUUCAGGAGAUAACAGAAAUCCCCGAUGAUUUCCUCAAUCAAUCGUCAGUACUGAAGCACUUGGCGAAGGAAGUGGCACAGUCUCCCACCCCGCGCGGCCCUACACCUCCUGCCUCGCCCCGCGCCCCUGCUCCUCCUCGGGACGACUCGAGGAAAGCUAAAGGAAAAUGUUCGAAGACUAAGCUUAGUAAGGAGAAAUUGAAUCUAUCGAGGUCACAGCCUGAUCUUACAAGUGUGGGCGUUCGUGCAGUCCCCGGUGGGUCAGAGUCGAGUGGCUGGUGCAGCGGUGGUGAAGGGGAACUAGAAGAGCCUGAUGAUGCAUUCACCGCAGUUCUUGACGCUCUAGCCGCUGAGAAUCAUCAGCUCAAGAGACAACUCGCUGAUGCCUGCGAGAGAGUCGCCAAAACUAAUAAGCUGGAAGAAGAAGUAGAGAAGGUUCGCACAGCACACGAAGAGCUGGUCGGUUCGUGCGAGCGCCGAGAGCGGUUGGAGAGAGCUGCGAGGGUACGACUACAGGCUGACUGUCGUCGGUUGCAUGACCUCAACCGAGCAUUGAAACAGCAGGUGGAGUUGUUAUCACAAGGGGUUCGAUCUGAAAACGACAGCAAUGCCGAGGCGUUGCGCAAAGAGUUGCAGAACAGAGAGAUGCUUAUUGCGCAACUUAUUACACAGAAUAAGGAGCUGGCCUGCGCUAAAGAGAGACAGGAGAUAGAGAUGGCGGCACAGCGCGCGACCCUACAGGAGCAGCGCACACACAUCGACAUACUGGACACCGCGCUCACUAACGCACAAGCCAACGUCGUCCGCCUCGAGGAGGAGUGUCGGCACGCGGCCGGGUACGUGGAGCGCGUACUGGGCCUGCAGCGCGCGCUGGCGUCGCUGCAGCAGGCGUCGGACCGCCGCGAGCACACCGAGCGCAAGCUGCGCGCCCAGCUAGAGAAGGAGCUGCAGGCGCUCAGGAAGCGCGAGUGUGCGUGCGGCGGCGAGGGCGCGGGCGGGGGCGCGGGCGGCGGCGAGGCGGAGCUGCGGCGGCAGGUGCGGGAGCGCGACGAGCGGCUGCUGGCGCUGGAGGGCGAGUGCGCCAAGUGGGAGCAGCGCUACCUCGAGGAGGCCGCGCUGCGACAGGCCGCCGUCUCCGCCGCCUCCAUACCCAAUUCCGUUUUCAGGGAUGCCAAGAUCGCGGCGUUGGAGAAGACGUCGGCGGAGUCCGAGCGACUGAUGGCUGAGGCUCGCAACGAGAAGAUACGGCACAUGGAUGAACUACACUCUGCUCAGAAGAAACUUGCCGACCUGGAGGGCAGGGUAAAAGAACUAGAGUCCAAAGUGGCGGAACGUGACGCGAUGAUCAAAGUCCUGCAGAAGCACACCAGCGCUGCUUACGACAGUGGCGCUUCGCUGCGGAAUAACUCUAGUCGCGAGGAAUUAGUGGGCCUGUCGUCUGGUGCGUCGUUCUCCAGCGCGGAGGGAGUGGGGGGCGGCAGCGUAUCGGGCCGGUACCGACAUCUCGCGCGCAGGAACUACUCGCCGCAUAAUGACAACUCUAGCGGAUGCGGGUUCGACAGCACGUCCCUGCGGCUGGACGAGCAGUUGGCGGCGCUGGAGUCCCGGCUGGAGCGGCCGCCCGUGCCCGCCCGGGGGCUGUGCUGCUUCCCUGGUCUGGGCACUGUCGGUGCUCGAGGUGGUGGAGGGCGGGGUGAAGAAGCCCUGUUACUGGAGCGGCAGGGUCGGGCCUCACAACAGACGCGCUCGUCCAGUCUGCCACCACCACCCUCGGCGCUACCUCGCCCACCCAGGAAACCCUCCGCCAGGAACACCAGAUACGACCGCUUGGAACACAGAGAUGCUCGCAAGGACUCUGACGGCUCUGGAUCUAUUGCAUCCAGUGCGUCCCGCAGCUCGCCACUGCCCUACGACACAGUCCGCAAGCUGCCCUCAGUGCCCACAUCAGCGUCACUUCCUGCAGCCGAGUCUAGGGAGUCGUUAGUGCGACCUCGCGACUCCAGCCUGCCCUCACCGUCCAAGUUAGCCGUGUACGCAGCCGCCAGAAGACGAUCAGCCGAGUCUGCUAAAGACAACAAACGCACACACCAUUACAGGAUUCAGUUUUAAAAGGUCUCAUAUACUUAACGAAGACUUGGAGGCCUGACAAUAUCUGAUUUAAGGGUGUUCAUCUAUUACUCGCUGUUAUCAGCGAAUUGUCAUAUAAAAUCACUGCCAAUAAUAUGAUCAUGGUGUAAUGAAUGUUCUAGGUACACGAAGGCAUUUUAUAAAUAAGUACCUACGCACAAUUUUAUGUGUCCUAAACACAUGCUCGCUCAUCCAAGAGUCCUGAACUAAUACCCUUCAUGAAACCUGAUAUUGACGUGUUUAUUUUCAGCAUGAAAUAAAUAGGUAUGCGAAACCUGUGCUAAAACUCAUGUUUAUAAAUUAUAAGGCAAGCGAAAUAAUGAAAUAUUAAACGAUUGUUUUACCUACAUAAGAAAGAAACGUCACAAUCGAAAGAAAAUAGAUUGUUCGUUGUACAUUUUAAAUUAUACUUUUGUUUUGUAAACUUAUCGAAUUGUAAAUAAUUCGACAGAUAGUAAAGUAGGCAUUUCAUUGACCUACUGAUUUAUUUUAACAUAUUUUAACGGUGAAAAUACAAUAGUUUUGACAUUAUGAAUUCUAUUUUGCUAGGAGGUAACUACAACAGUAAUUUGAAUAGUGAGUCAUGUGUCUAUUAUGUGAGUUCUCGGUGUUUGUAGAAAAUGUAAAAAAAUCAUACCUAUUUUUGUUAUAAAUUGCUUUAAGAUAAAGUUUUCAAUGUUGAAUAUCUUUUUCGAAGAUGUCUAAAUAAAUAAUUAUUUCUGUUACCAGUUGUGGGUUGGUGUCGUUAGCCCACGCUACGCCCAACUUUUUUAAGUAGCCCAUGGGCACCGAGAGCCUGAAUUUAUAAGUAGGUAAUGAACACAACUAAAUGUCAUUGAUAGAUUAAACCAGUAUUUCGCUAAAUUAAUCUCAGAAUAUACGAACGCGUUAUUAACAAUCUGCGUAAAAAUGGGGUCUUACUACGACUGUCAAAGAUUCUACACAAAAAGCUUUCAGAAUCAAGGGACGAAAAAUAUAUGAAUUCGAAAAUACAUACGCACGAAUUAUUUUUUAUUUACGUAUUAAAUAAUAUACGACAUUGAGAGAUAUUACGAAGAUUUGAUGUAUGAGUGAAUGUAGAUAUUUUUUGUUUUUGUUAGUGUCUUAAUUUUGAGUAACGAUAAAAGUACUUUAAUAUACUUAUUAGUAAUGGCCACUGUUGACGUUUUUAUAACGUGGUUGUUUAUGUUUAUGUACCUACGUCGUGUUUGCGUGUGUAAUUAAGUACUGUUGGAAGUGGUGAGUGGUAGCUAGUCGCGGUAGAUAUUACUGUUUUUUUAUAUCAAUCUUGUAUUUAUCUGGUCAAAAUUAUAGCCAGGCAAAUUCGAGCACAAUCAAAGUACAAAAAAAAUAUGUCUGGAAUACUUGAAACUUUUCAACGUUUUAAUAAGUAAUGAUUUUACUCUACGUAAGUAUUUACCUAAGUACGAACUCGAACGAUAAACAAUGUACCUAAAUCAAAUUAAAGAUGGAAGUUUCAUGAAACUAAAUUCUCGUAUUGUUUACUGAAACAACUUUGCGAUGUGUAAAUAAACUAAGACUCAAAGUCAAUUAAUUCUGAAUUGCUAGUCGAAGUUGGCAACAAAAACAUUUUUUUUUUGCAAACAUCCGAGCAGUCUCAUUAUACCUAAAACUAGAGGAAGUUACGAUUUGAAAUAUAAUGGACGCAAUAGAAUAAAUAACGUUGGCCAUUAAGAAACCCGCGGUAAUUGGGACUAAUUAAAGGUUAGUUUCACUUUAUUGCCCGCUGGAACAUUCAGCCAACGUCUUACGACGACUUUAUAUUUCAUGUUUCAUAAUCUGCAUUUAAAGUCUGAAUAUUAAAUACUCUACGUAUUAUUAGCUCAAAUAGAUUAUAAUAAAGUGCUUUUUUAUAAAAGCUCGAUGAUCGUUGCAGCUAUUUCGGUAAGAAAUUGUUUGUAUUACGGCAGAGUCGGGUCAGUUGUCAGUUUGGUGGUAAAAUCUAUUUCACACGUGACUUUUUUAUUACGGGAAAAUAAGUAGAUAAACAAUCAAACGUCAUUUUUGCACAAUGGCGGGAAACCAAUGUCUUCAAGUUUUGAUUAAGUAUGUCUGAUUGUCUGGCAGCAAAGGGAAAAUGGUUUAAAAUUACUUGCGACUUUCUUUAAAUAAAGUAAUAAGUAUACUUAUCGCAUUGAGUUCUACAGUUUUGUAACUUAUUACGAAAUGUCGAGGCGGUGUACGUGUGAAGUAGGUUAUUACGAUUUUGUGAACGAUAGAUACGCACCGGUAGUUCUGACUGGAAUACAAUAUUAUGUCCAACUGUUUUACACUGUUAUACUAUGCCGAAUUAUAGAACUUACAGAUUGCAAUUGAUUUAAUAAAUGAGAG